AUGGACUUUACGGCCUUGUACGCAAGUACGGCUCCGUCGUAUGCGCAGGUUUCACCAGGAGGAGAAUGGAUCGCGUCUUUCUCGCGUGCUGGUCACAUUUUGAUACGUUCGACGCGAUCGUUGGAAUUGGCUUUUGUGUUCCAGGUCGACGAAGCCUUCGCCAAAGCAUGUCAGUGGAUUCAGUGGAAACCUUUAAACAAAGACGAUGACGAGGAACAAGAGGAGACGUCAUUUCUAUUUGUUGCAUCAAGCGAGAAAAUUAUCGUCAUUAAUUUACUCGAGCCGGAAUUUUACGCGAUCAUUCAGUGUGCUCAUGACCAUGUGUCGCGUGUGCAAUGGACGCGAACAAAACAGAUUUUAUUGUUUUCGGAUUUGCAUUGUCGACUUACUGUCUGGUCCGUUGUACAGAAGAAAGGUCUUCUAUUACAACAAGUGAAAUCGCAAGUAAGAAAAGGAUUUGCCUUUCAUCCAACUCUUCCGUUUGCUGUCGUCUUGCACCGGAAAAAUGGGUUUGACUUUGCUCAUCUGUAUCAAAUGAGCACCGAAAACUGGAAACUCUCCGCAAGGUGGAAAAUCCCUACCAUUGAUGCUCAGUCUAUUCACUGGUCGCCAGACGGCUCGCGCAUCGCUGUCGUCGAGGCUGCGUUUGAGAACAGCGUAUACGUCUACACAAGCCUUGGCAACUAUAUCACAAAAAUAUGUCCCCCUUCUAAUCAGCAAGAACUUGGACUCUGUAACUUACAGUGGGCUCCAGACGGCAGCUAUGUUCUUGCUCACAGUCUUCACAACUCUUCCCUACGCUGUCUAGAGCCUCUUGCAUUUUCAAACGCCCUUGAAUUCGUUCAUUCUUACUACCCCGACUUGGACGCUCCGACUCACGUUUGGCAAGAGGAUAUAAACUAUCAAGAUCAGUCCAAGUACAAGCGCCUUGACAAACCGCCAUUUAUCCAAAAAUCGUACAAUGCAACUAUACGAUGCAAAAUGAAUGUGGACGGAACACUGCUUGCCUCUUGUUGUAACUCUGUGCCAAACAUACUCUGGAUAUGGAGUGUUUCGUCGCGAAGUCUCCAUACUAUGCUCGUGCAGUCUGCACCUAUUAUUCAAUGGGAUUGGCAUCUUUAUCGUAGCGACUUGCUUGUUAUACGAUGUGCAGUUCAUCCAAGCCGUUCUUUGGAUCAGGCUUCUCUGCUCUUCUUUUGGUCGGCCGCCUGGGCUGAGCCGAGGAUCAUCAGAGUCCCGAAAAUGGGUUUCAUUAUUCGACACCACCAAUGGAUGAAGGCUGCACCGUCGAACGGUGGAAGGGAGGCGAUCGUUGUGUGUGGUAACUCAAGUUAUACUAUUGGCUAUGUUGUUGAAAGUGAAGAUGACUCAGAAACCACAAUGAUGCCGACAAUGACAUUUUCUGACUUUGCUCUCAGUGAUGAGCCUUUGGCAUCCGAGUUGGACGCAACGAAAACGAUUACCAUUCAAAUGUAA